AUCUCUACCAUUAUCAACACAUGCAAAAAUGAAUAACAAGACAACCUUCAUUCUUUUCCUCUCUCUCGUCCUCUGCUCUCUCUACGCGUCUCAAGCAGCACGUACCGGAGGAUGGAGUCCCAUAAGUGAUGUUAAAAAUUCUCACAUCGUAGAGAUUGGCGAGUUUGCUGUCUCUGAAUACAAUAAGCAGAGCAAAUCGGGACUCAAGUUUGAGGAGGUUGUUAGCGGCGAGUCUCAGAUAGUCGCUGGCAUGAACUAUCGGCUUAUUGUGGCGGCUAAUGAAGGCGUAGCCAUAGCCGGAAAUGGUGAGAGCAAGAAGUACGAGGCGGUUGUAUGGGAGAAGCCAUGGUUGAAAUCUAUGAAUCUCACGUCCUUUAAACCCGCUAUGUAACUGUUGUUUCCUCUUAAGUUUUAUGUAAUCUUAUAUAAAAUCUGAUAAAUACAGAAAAAGAUUUAAUAAAUAAAAAGAAUUCAUGUCAA